UGGCGCCACACCGGCAGCUCCAUGGAUGCCGCCACCGGCCUGCAGCCUGUGCUCAAGCUGCAACGCAUGGCAUGGCCCCGCUCUCGGAGACGGAGACGAGACGACCCUCUGUCCUGGCCAUGCUACUAGUAGUACUGACUGCUUCUUGCUCAGCAGCCCUGCUCCUUGUCUAUCUAUAUAUACACACACAUGCAGAUGCAGCUUUUCUUGCCAGUCCAACCGGAGCCAAGAACCAGAGCACAAGCUAGCAAAUUACCCGCAUUCUGAAAGCUCAAAAUCAAGUGGAAAGACACCUAAUAAUGGCUUCCAAGCAGAUGCUCCUGCUCGCCGUCGCCGUCGCCGUCGCCGUCGCGUUCCUCCCGGCGCUCGACGCCGCCACGGAGCACUGGGUGGGCGACGGCAAGGGCUGGAUGCUCGGCUUCAACUACACUGCAUGGGCCCAGACAAAGCAGUUCAAGGUCGGCGACACGCUAGUGUUCAAGUACAACAAACCCAGCCACACCGUGGUGGAGGUCAGCGGCGCCGACUUCGCGGCGUGCAGCCCGCCGGAGACCGCCAAGGUGCUGACCACCGGCCAGGACAAGGUCGCGCUCGACAGCCCCGGCCGGCGGUGGUUCGUCUGCAGCGUCGGCGCGCACUGCCUCAACGGCAUGAAGGUCAGGAUCGACGUCCUCGCCGCUGACGACAACGCCGUGUCUCCCGCGGCUCCGGCGCCUUCCGGCCCCGCGUCCAACGUCCAGGCGCGCCUCGCGCUGGCCGUGCUCGCCGUCGCGGCGGUCGCGGCCGUGCUCGUGCUCUAGGCUGCCUUCUUAUCUUCGUCUUCUAUGUAUGUCAGAUUGUAGGGUCAGAACUGUGUUUGGGGCCGCUCAUUGUGUACUUUUCUUAAUUUCUCGAGGGAAAACUUCAUGUUGUAUUUAAAAUUUUCCAAUAUUCUUUUAAACUAUGGCAAUGAUGAUUAAACUAAUUAAACCCACUUGGGCACUGCACCUACAUGUUUAA